GGGGAAAAAUUUAAAAGAAUGAAUUACUUGCAAGAACUAAAAAAUUUACUAAGCUAAUUUUAAAGAAUGUAAAGGCAUUUAUGGAAUGCUUUCUCUAUUACAUAUACAUAUAUAAUAACUACUAUUUGAUAAUCUACUAAUAUAAUAAAUAAAUAUGUAAAAAAUUAUAAUAAUGUUUUGUUUUUGCUAUCUCGUUUUCUUUCUUCCAUUAUCCUUUGCUUUUUGCUUUUUCAAUUUUAUAUUGCUUAGUACUUCACCAAGGAAUUCAUUUCAAUUUCUUUGUCGCGUUCAUUUUGUUGUUUGCUGUCCCAAUAUAUAUUUAUUUGCGCGACUCAUUACGUUCCUCUUAUUUAAUAAUUACACUAAUUAAAUUUAAUUGCAGGAUAAUUUUUUUUUUUAAAAAAAAAAAUUCUGGUUUUUAA